GUCGUUCCGUGUAGCACCUGUUACCAUCCUGUCAGUGUCAAGUUGUCAACUAUAAAAGCGCGCCAAACCAGUUAAUUUGUUAUAUAAAGCAAAUUACAAAACAUGCAGUCUUUUUUAAAAUCAGGAAAAUUAGAUCCCUCAGAAAAACCCGGGCAAUCGUCCACAAAACCCACAAAGAAGUCUAAAGCUGUACCAUGGGUAGAAAAAUAUCGUCCCAGAACCGUUUCAGACGUCGUUGAACAAAAUGAAGCCGUUGCAGUAUUACAACAGUGUAUUACAGGUGCCGACUUGCCAAAUUUACUCUUCUAUGGUCCUCCCGGUACAGGCAAAACAAGUACAAUUUUGGCAGCAGCCCGACAACUGUUUGGAGACUACUACAAGGACAGAAUACUUGAAUUAAAUGCUUCAGAUGAACGUGGUAUUCAAGUGAUUCGCGACAAAGUGAAAACUUUUGCACAGUUAUCAGCCAGCGGAACGCGUCCAGACGGUAAACCGUGCCCUCCAUUUAAAAUUGUGAUUCUUGAUGAAGCUGACUCAAUGACACAUGCAGCACAAGCCGCUUUGCGACGAACUAUGGAAAAAGAGUCAAAAUCGACAAGGUUUUGCCUGAUUUGUAAUUAUGUGUCUAGGAUUAUUGAACCGUUAACAUCUCGUUGUACGAAGUUUCGUUUUAAGCCUUUAAAUGAGUCAAUGAUUCUUGAAAGGUUGACUUUUAUUUGUAAGGAAGAGAAUAUUCAAUGUGAUGAUCAAACUAUGAACAAAUUAGUUGAAACAAGUGGAGGGGAUAUGAGAAGGGCCAUUACCAGCUUACAGAGUUGUGCCAGAUUAAAGGGAGAAGGUGCCUCUAUAAAAAUCGAGGACGUUUUGGAAGUCACUGGGGUGGUCCCAGAUCAUUGGUUGGAGAAAUUUUUAGAUGUUUGUAAGGCCAGAAAUCAUAACCAACUUCAGGAAUUUUUAGAAGAAUUAAUGUUUGAGGCGUAUGCCGCAUCACAGCUGCUAGAACAGUUAAAUGAAUUUAUUGUUAACUUUGAUGGCUUCACAGAUAAACAGAAGGCACUCAUUGGAGAAAAGUUGGGGGUGGUGAGUUUUAGAUUGCAAGAUGGUGGAUCAGAAUUUGUUCAGUUGCUUGACCUAGGAUGUUCAAUAAUAAAAGCAUAUGGCUUGUAAAGUGCUGAAUUUGCGAAUUUUGAUAUCUUAGAAAUGAAGCGAUUUUUAAAUACAUAUAGAUAAAUGCU